UAACCAAGGAAAGGAAUCUGUCUGAUUCAUCACAGCGAUCGUGAAAUGAAAGCAAUUUCAUCAUCACUCCUUCAUUCCAAGAAUCUUAUAAACCCUAAUCCUCUUUAUCGCUCCAUUCUUCACCCACAGCCCGUCUACCUCAAACCCGUCUUCUUCUCCAAAUCACCUCUCAUACCUACCGGUCAUCACUCCCUGAAACUCCGAUCGACAUCGACUGCGAGACCCGCCUCGAUCAUGGCUUCCUCAUUCAAGCCCGAACAAGCCAGAGCUCCUCCUGCUCUUCCUCUCCCGACGCCUCCUUUGACAAAGUUCAAAAUUGGGUUGUGUCAGCUCUCUGUCACGGCUGAUAAAGAGAGGAACAUUGCUCACGCGAAGAAAGCCAUUGAGGAAGCUGCUUCAAAGGGUGCAAAGCUUGUUCUCUUACCCGAAAUCUGGAACAGUCCUUACUCCAAUGAUAGUUUCCCGGUUUAUGCGGAGGACAUUGACGCCGGUGGAGAUGCUUCUCCGUCUACUGCAAUGCUCUCUGAAGUGUCUAGCCGUCUCAAGAUUACAGUAGUCGGUGGCUCCAUACCUGAGAAAUAUGAUGGCCGCUUGUACAACACUUGUUGCGUUUUUGGCUCGGAUGGUAAGCUGAAAGCCAAGCAUCGCAAGAUACAUCUGUUUGAUAUAGACAUCCCUGGGAAGAUUACCUUUAUGGAAUCAAAAACACUUACAGCUGGGGACACACCAACAAUCGUGGACACAGAUGUCGGGCGGAUUGGAAUAGGCAUCUGUUAUGACAUCCGGUUUCAGGAAUUGGCUAUGAUAUAUGCUGCAAGAGGUGCUCAUUUGCUGUGCUACCCGGGAGCCUUUAACAUGACAACCGGUCCAUUGCAUUGGGAAUUACUUCAAAGGGCGAGGGCCGCGGAUAAUCAGUUAUAUGUGGCUACUUGUUCCCCAGCCCGAGAUCCCGAAGGUGGCUACGUUGCUUGGGGCCACUCGACCCUUGUGGGACCCUUUGGGGAAGUUCUGGCAACAACCGAGCACGAGGAGGACAUGAUCAUAGCCGAGAUUGAUUACUCUAUCCUCGAACAGAGAAGGACAAGUCUUCCAUUGAUCAAACAACGCCGUGGAGAUCUGUACCAGUUGGUCGACAUCCAGAGGCUGAAUUCCCAGUGACUGUGACGAGAUAAUAAUGUAUGUGAGAAACAAAUCUAUCUUUGUUCUUCUGUGAUGUUUUCGUUGAAUCCAGAAAAUAAAAUUCCUGUAAAACCCAUUCCCAAUAAGUCGCUCUUUCUUCAUUGUUAA